GCAAAACCGGAUCUGCUCCACGACGGGACACUCUGACCAGUUACAACAACACAACUGACAUCUACACAUCUACACUGAAGUAGUACCUAAUUAAGUGCAGAUUAUAAUAAAGUAUAAUAUAAUUAAGAAAAUGAAUGCCAAAGUUAGUAUUUUAUGUGUACUCAGUUUGUUAAGUUGGAGUCCCUCUUACACAUCAGCUAUAAAAAACUGUACCGAUUGUACUAGUUUCAACGCAUGUGCUGCCGUCGCAACAGCAUCAGAAAAUCUGUCAGCGUGCGGGGCAAAGCUGCCAUCUUGCGUUCCAGGGAUUGACUUCCAAAUUAAUGAUCAGCUCUUGAGCAACGCCUGCGGGCUCGACGAUGCCGGGUUAGGAAUGAUUUGUUGCGCCGAGCUGACAGCUGGACUAGAGAGCGUAUUAGCGUCCGCUGACCAUCCAAAUCUUCGCUUGUUACCGGACAACUGCGGUAUCGGAGAGGAUGACCAUAUUAGAUACCGAAUAGCAGGCGCGGUCCCAGUUUUAGGAUUCAACGACUAUCCGUGGAUGAUCUUCAUUUCUUACCAGACUCAGGCAGGACCCCGAUUUCAAUGUGGUGGUAGUCUCAUAAGCCAGCGCUAUGUACUGACCGCGGCCCACUGUAUCAAGGUUGCGCUUCCGCUUACUGUGAGGAUACGAGAGUACGAUGUGGAGACUACUGGGCCCCCAACAGAUAUACCCAUCGAAGAGGCCAUUCUGCAUCCGGGGUACCGCCGUAAACCGAUCGUCACAGAUGACAUCGGACUUCUGAGGCUGAAAAAUCCUGUAAACUUAUAUUCCAAAAACGCUGGUACAAUUUGCCUGCCUGUGACCCGGGACUCACAGAACCAGAAUAUAAUCGCACUGGGCGCCACCAUCGCACAAAGGAGGAAAGCAGAGGAAAACUACGAAUCUGCGACACUGCUAUAUGUCGAUGUGUACAUACACAGUGUCGAGCAUUGCCGUGAGCAGUACAACAAACACAGAACGCAUGGCGAAGAAGACAAGAUGAUCAACAAGAUUUGCUCCGACUCCAAUAUCAAAGGUGCUUGUCGAGGGGUCUCUGGAGGCCCCUUGAUGGUGUGGGUCCCUUUUGGCGAUCACAAGCGCUUUAUCCAGUACGGACUCGUAUCGUAUGGACCAAACCGUUGUGGCUCCCUUUUACCUGAAGUUUACACUGACGUCACGAAAUAUAUGACAUGGAUUUUAAAUACAAUAAGACCUUGAGUGUAUAAUUAAUAUAAUUAUGAUUUAAUUUAUUUUGUGUACUUACCUAGGAUGUAGAUGUAAAGGAACUGUAAAACUUUUUUUUUUAUAUAUACAACAAUGUACAAAUGGCGGACUUAAUGCCAAAUGGCAUUCUCUAGCAGUCAACCGUAGGGUCAAACAGAGAUACCUAGAAUUGGUGCAGAGAAAUAAAAUAUAUUUAAUGAAUAAAAAAGCAAACUAUACUUAUAAACUACAUAAAUAAAUAAUAACAAUAAACUACCACAUAUUUAUAGAAUACAUACUGUAAAUAUUAUAAUGAUGGAUAUUAUUCGAGCUCUUGUUUUAGCAAAUGCUUACGUAACAUUCGCUUGAAAGAAAACUUACUUGGAGCUUGUCUAAUAUUUAGAGGGAAUGAAUUCCAAAGACGACUAGCCUGGACGGCGAAAGAGUUAGUUAUAAAACCAGUACGGUGUAAUGGUACGGUAAGUUUGAGAAUGCGGGAGGUACGCAGCUCUCAUCCUAGACGAGGAGUAUCGAAGACGAAUUUACUUUUUAGAUAGCCAGGAGCAGAAGGCUCAAACAGGAUAGAAAAUAGGGCACAAAGGAUCCGGAAGGACCUACGACGACGGAUGGAAAGCCAGUUGAGCUGCCGGCGAUAGAAGGAGACACGAUCAUAUUUACGAAGUCCAAAUAUAAAUCUAAUGCAGUUAUUGAGGAGACGGUCUAGUUCAUUGAGUGAUUCCUGAGUGAUAUUGAUAGUGCACACAUCCCCGUAAUCAAUUAUUGUAAAAACUAAGGACUGCACUAACAUCUUUUUCGUGUUUACAGGUAGAAAGUUUUUAAGUUUAUAAAGAGUUCUAAGUGUUCCAAUGACCUUCCGACUUGUCUCCGAUAGCUGACCGACCCAGGAAAGGUUGGAAUCUAAACUUAACCCAAGAUUCUUAACACGACUGCUCAGCGGAAUUAGAGUAUCCUCAAAAAGGAUUGGAUCAACAGGUACUGAACUCAACUUAGACAAUUGCCGCUGGCUACCUAAAAUGAAGAAGGCGAAGGCUGCGUUCGCUCAAUUAAAGGCUGUUUGGGAGUCGAAUGUGCUCACGCGACGAGUUAAACUUUCCCUCUUCGAAUCCACUGUGAAAUCUGUGUUGCUUUUUGAAACGUGGAGAGUGACUAAAGGCCUAACUAAUAAACUUCAGGCAUUCGUCAACAAGUCCCUUAGGUCGAUCAUUCGCGUUUUCUGGCCAAAAACCAUUCGAAAUGAAGACCUAUGGAGUAUAUGCCGGCAAACACCCAUUGACGAAGAAAUUCCGACACGGAAAUGGAGAUGGAUAGGACAUACUAUUCGAAGAGGGGAAACG